GAUGCGAACGUUGUCGAUGCGGCAACCAAUACUGUCCGCAAGGGUGUGACCGUUGUCAUCGAGAAUGGCGUCUUUACCCAGGUCAUUGACUCUGAAUCCGUGACCAACUUCACUCCGCCCGACGAAGCGCGUACCAUCGAGAUGAAGGGGCUAUAUCUGUGUCCUGGACUCAUUGACUGUCACGUCCAUAUCAACUUCUCGGAUGGUCGUCCCGCUACUGGCUUUGUCGACCACAAGCUGCGCGCAACGUACACCCUCAAGAGCAUGCUUGCCAGGGGAUUUACUACUGUGCGAGAUGUGGGCGGAGCCGAUGUAUUCCAGAAGGAAGCUGUGGACCAGUGGCUCACACCUGGCCCGAGGCUGUUCCAGGGCGGUAACAUCCUGAGCCAGACAGGCGGUCAUGGUGACUUCCGCCCUCGAGAGGCUCCCGCUCACAGUCUGUGCUGUGCUCCUGAUAUCGACUUUUGCACUCUGGCGGAUGGGGUUGAUGGUGUGACUCUGGCGACAAGGGAGAUGAUCCGGAAGGGAGCUCAGCAUAUCAAGAUUUGCACAUCUGGCGGUGUCUCUAGCCCUACUGGUGAGUCCACCGCCUGCAGCAUGCUAAUGCUAGAUAAGCUGGAGGGCGUCCAAUUCACAAACGAGGAGAUUCAAGCCAUUGUCGGCGUGACCAAGGAUAUGAGAGCUACUCUCGUUACUGCUCAUGCGUACACAUCUGAGGCCGUCCGCCGCGCCGUCGACAACGGCGUGAGGGGUAUCGAGCAUGGCAACCUGAUUGACCGCGACACUGCCAAGCUCCUCGCUUCUACGGGCACCUUCCUCACGCCUACGCUCAUGAUCUCCACCGUCAAAGGCCGUGCUCCCUGGAACGAGACGCUGCCGGGGUACAUGCGGGAGAAGAACGCCAUGGUCCGGGAUGCUGGCAGGCGAGCUAUCCAGAUUGCUGAGGAGGAGGGUGUUUGCGUGUGCUUCGGAACUGACUUGACCAACGGGACUGGCUACCUCCAGAGCGAGGAGUUCACUCAACGUCACGCCCUUGUCCCAUCUCAUCGGGUAAUUGCCCAUGCCACGGUCAACGGCGCCAAACAGCUCGACGAUCCCAAGCUCGGCAUCAUCAAGGAGGGGGCUUAUGGUGAUUGCCUCGUCCUCGUCGCCAACCCGCUCGAGGACUGCCGUGUGCUGGACAGUGGGAAGGAAGGGAUCUGGGGUGUCAUCAAGGAGGGGCGAGUUGUAGUUGCGCGGAAAGAGAUUGCGGACCAAGUAGCUGUCGACGUGGUUCUGGGUGUAGGGGAAUAG